AUGCAGACCGAAAUGCUCAUUUCACUGGCUGCCGCUCCCUGCGGUGACAGUUGGCAAAGCGUAAUUGGAACGUCUGUCGAAAUCGAAAAGAUCGAAAGAGGCAUCGUCUCCGAAGCAGACCGAGAAACCAAGAGACGCGAGGCACAGCAUUACAAGAGAUCUUCGUUUAGCGAGGGCGGCCGAUUCUGCCUUUUUCUUUACAUCAUGACCCCUCAAGAGUGUAUUAAAAAAUUCGUAACCGAACAUCCCAUCGAAGCGGCGACUCUACUUGGCGGAAUAACCGUCACCGCUGCCCCUGUGGUCGUUGCCGCUCCCUUCUUGGGCGGACUUGGCUUUGGAGCUGCUGGUGUAGCACAGGGCUCUCUGGCUGCAGCCAUUCAAGCGAGCUUUGGCCCCAUUGCGGCAAAGAGUCUGUUUGCCGUUUUGCAGAGUGCAGGAGCUGGAGGGAUGGGAAUGGCUGCUGUGAAGACGGCCAUUCAAGCUGCUGGAGGAGCGAUGACUGCAGGGCCCGUACACACGCUUCUGCAAUGCUUGAGCAGCAAUGCCACAGCAACGUGA